CUUGGGUGGAAACUCCGAAAAUCCGUUUGGUGAGACAAGCGGGACCAGCGAGACGGGACGAGACGGGACGAGAGCACUCUGCCUGGCCCAAGUACCUUGCUCAGUAGGCCAGUUUCUUGAGUGCGGUCCCGUGGGAACUCCCCGGGGCUCAAGUGGCGGACAAGAGGCGCACCUCUACCCAGGCAGGCAGGUACUUGGUAGCUUGGAACCUGGCAAGCUUGUUGGGCAAAAUCGGUAGUCCCUUAACUGGACCAAACCUUGGGGUACUCACGAACUUUUUGCAGCCCACCUGCUUCAGCACCCUACCCACCCACCACCGACAACAUAAACCACCGCACCACCAACGCCCCUGCCAUUAUUGCCGACGACAGGUCAGGCGCACCCAACCUCAAUCCGUCCGCGCAACCAUCGUGCCUUCCCUCGACGGGACCCUCCGAUCUGCUGCCACUCCUCCUCGCGACCCCCAGACCCCCAGACGCAAAAGCCGGAAACUCUCCCGCACCCCACCCUAACCAACUCGCACUCCCGCGCAUCAACUUCUUUGCGCCAGCCCUCCACCCCCGAUCACCCUCCCACAUCCCUCGCGACAAUCGUCCUGGACCAUCCGCCCAAGAUGGCUGAGCAAGUCGAUCUGUCCACCAUCCCUGUCUCGCCCGAGGGCGGCAACAACGCCUCCGCCUCCACCGAUGCCGCUGCCUCCUCCAGCAAGCCCGUUACCGUCUUCGAUGACAAGGAUAACUUCAACGUCAAGCACCCGCUGGCACAUGACUGGACCCUCUGGUUCACCAAGCCCCCUUCUGGCAAGGGCGACAACUGGAAUGACCUUCUGAAGCAGGUCAUCACCUUCAAUUCAGUCGAGGAGUUCUGGGGAAUCUAUAACAACAUCGCACCGGUCUCUGACCUUGCCCUCAAGUCCGACUAUCACCUCUUCCAGGCCGGCGUUCGGCCAGAGUGGGAAGACCCCCAGAACAAGCACGGCGGCAAGUGGUCCUACCAGUUCAAGGAGAAGCGCAGCGUCAACAUCGACGAGCUGUGGCUGCAUGUCAUGCUGGCCGCCAUUGGCAACACGCUGGAGGACGAGGAGGAUGGCGAGGUCAUGGGCGUUGUUGUCAACGUCCGCAAGGCCUUCUACCGUAUCGGCGUCUGGACCCGUACCGUCGGCAAGAGCAUACCCAACCGUGGCGACGGUGAUGUGGCCGGCGGCAAGGGCCGGACCCCCGAGAAGGGCAAGGAGGUCCUCAUGACCAUUGGCCGCCGCGUCAAGGAGGUCCUGAAGCUGCCUCCCAGCGAGAUGCUCGAGUUCUCGAGCCACACCGAGGCUGCACACGCUGGCAGCACGCGGGCCAAGGCUAAGAUCACGGUCUAAUUCUCCCCGUUGUGCUCGGGAAACAAACCGCCAAGGAUUUGCUACGGCAUCCGUACUUGACCACGAGCCAUUGGCGGGUGCAGCUGUUGGGGCUCUGCCUGCCUACGCAGGAUAGCGCCUCGGUGAAGGCGGAGAUGCUUCAAUGAGGCAAAGUGGCAUUUCCACGAGAAUACCCUGCAUGGAUUUUCUUUUUUUGGUAGGCCAAAGUCAGGCUGAGAGAAAAAAAGCAUUGCAUUUUAGGAGAAUACCGGACGAGUUAUGGGUCCAUAUCGCCCAUCACGAAAUGAGGCGUUGAUUAUUUUGGUAGCUUUAGAGAGCCCAAACGGAAACAGAUUUGCGAAAUGAUUCCCCGAGAUGACGUCUUCAAUAUCGGCUCAUGGUGUGUUCUAAUGCCUACCUACUUAAGUAGGUAGUCUUGGCGUUCAGAGGGCCAACCGUACUCAGUACUGUGCUCCUAUCAAGGGUUGUUUGUCUUACAGGAAACGUGCUCAGCCGAUGCGCC